UUAUAUCUUCUUAUCUAAUCAGUACUUUAUUGUAUAACAUCGUAGUUUGUGAAAAAGUCGGAUGGAAAGACUUCUUUAGAUUUUCUGAUUAGAUUUUAAUUUGAAUCUUAUUCAUAAUCAAUUACAUAAUACAAUUUUAAAACAAUAGGAUGUUUGAUCUUAUCAAGCGAAGAGUAUGAAGGAAAAUUUAUAAAAUCAAAAUAUUGUAAAUGUACUUCGAAAUAGCUCGUUGGAGAGGAUUUAGGGGAGAUUUUAAGAAGACGCUGUGAGAGAUUUAAAGCAGAUAAUGAACAGGCAGUAUAGUGAAAGUUUUGACUACAAAUACAGAAUUGGUUUAUUUGGAGGAACAAAAGUUGGAAAAACUUCUAUUUUAAAACAACUUGUUUGGAAAAUAUUUUCACAGCAUUAUGAACCCACGUUGGAAACUGAUUUAGACUUUGUCACAGAGUUUAAUGGAAGAACAUACGUGUGUUUAUUAAUUGAUACAUGUGGAUCUAACGACUUUCCUGCUAUGAGAAAUUUAUCCAUGUCUAAAUCAAAUGCUUUUAUCGUUGUGUUUUCUCUGACAGUUAGGGCAUCGUUUGAGACUGCAAAGCACACGAUAACUGAAAUUAUGCAUUCCAAAAAAGAAACUUCCCGAGUAAUAUUGCUCGUUGGAAAUAAAACUGACCUAAAACGCAAAGUUCCAUCGAACGAAGCAAGACAGUAUUGUAAGUCCAUAAGCAUUGACAAAGUAAAAUGUCGCUAUAUAGAAGUGUGUGCGAAAGAUCAUGACGAUGUCCUGAAUAUGUUUCAUUCUCUCUUGAGCAUGUUUCCCGGGAACAACACAGAUGAGAAAAGAGUACAUACAUUUAACAGGCGGCCUUCGUGGAAAAUAUCUGCAAGAUCUGACAAAAAUAUGACACAAGAAUUUGAACAAGAAGAAGUAAAACAUAUUCGUUCUCCCUCUUUGUUCAGCUUAAAUAGUUUUUCAUCAGAUGAUGAUAUUGAAAAUUGCAAUUAUAUAGAAGGAAAAGAGCGGACAAGAAAGAUUUCCUUUAAAAGAAAAAAGCAUAGUGAAGUUGGGAAGAGUAGUUGAGACGAAAAUGAUGUGCAGAAAAUAAUUCUAUUAAGUCUAUCUUAAUAGUGAUUGAGGCAGGAAUUUUGUGACCAUCUACUUUUGCAUUUUUUUAUAUCUGGCAUUUAUUCAAAAGGCAACAAAAAACUCGGUAUGAUAAUUUUCAACAUGGCUGCGCGUCGUGCAAUGCAGCUUUACCUCAAUUAAAUUAUUUUUCCUUAAUUAAGCAGGACGAAAUUUUAGGCCUUAUGCAUGCCAUUUUAGCUAACCAGAGGAAUAAUACAUGGUUUUGCACUGUAAAAGUAAAAAAAAAUGCACUGGAUUCCCAGUAGAAAACUAAAAUACAGCAUAUAUAUCGUUUAGAUUAACCAAUCAAAGUGGGAGAAGAACUUAAGGAUGUGCUAACUUUGUUAUUUUACCCUUAUUAUUUAAUGAAAGUAAUCAAUCAUUCCUGUCAAUCGUUUAAAUCGUGCAAACAUUUUUUUUCAAUUUUAAAAAUAAUUAUAUUGGUUAAAGGUAUUUUCAAAUGUAUUUUUAAACCAAUUGCUUUGAAAACAUUGUCUACAUAAAUACUUGUUUUCUUCUUUACUCGUAAGAAACAGUAAGGCAUGCGCAAUGAAACAAAUAUCACAUGUUCAUUCGUUUUAAAUACCAUAAUAAUCCAUUCUCUGUAAGGUAAUAUAUUAUCAAGCACAGGAUAAAUUUUAACAUCCAACGAAUGGCUAUAAUAUCUGCUUAUUACACACCUACUGUAACUACCGUGAUUAUCUUUUGCAGCCAAAUCGUUUAUACUGUUACAAUGAGAUACUUCAUCAGAAACUGUACAUAACGUGAGUUAAAGCUGUCAAAUAGCACAGUAAUAUAACAACAGGACGCUAAUCGCUUGAACGAACUCGUUAGCAUCAUUCGGUAUGUUGUAAAUAGUAUAUGAUAGAUGAGAUUUAGUUAGAUAUAGAACGAGCUAUACCGCGAACUGCUAGAUCGAGCCUUCCGGCUCGGCCGAUGUCAGCAGUGAGUGGUACGCUCUGGAGGCACUGCGUAGUUAUUUUGGAAAAAACAGGGAUUUGUCGCAAUAAAUAUGGUGUUUUUCCUGUAAAUAUAAUCAUAUGUAACAACAACAAAAAAGCACCUUUAACAUUGGAGUUCACUGCCCGGAUACGUUAACUGGUUUAGGUCUGUAUAGACUAAUGAUAACCAGCCGGAAUCUCCUGUUAUGAAUUGCUGAAGCUGAAAGACGAAAUUUUGAUGGUGGCAGCUAAUGCUAAAAAAAGAAAUAAUGAUGCGAUAAUAUAUGACUUUGUCGACCUUCACUGAUCGUUAAGAAACGUGUUUUGGGUAAUAUUGAAUAGUUAAUACUUUUCGCCGUUCCGAGGCAUAUAUCGGAGAAUUAGCCGUCCCGAGGCAGAUAUCGGAGAUUUAGCCGUCCCGAGGCAGAUAUCGGAGAAUUAGCCGUCCCGAGGCAGAUAUCGGAGAAUUAGCCGUCCCGAGGCAGAUAUCGGAGAACCAAUUAACUAUCCUAUAGUGCUCAGAAAUUAUUUACUUGAUGUUCAGUGAUAACAAUGACAAGAUACAAAUAUUAUUGAAACGUUUCUUUGAUAUGAGGCUGGACUUAAAAAUCGUGAUGACAGAAAAGCUGAUGAUAAACGACAUUGAAACAUUUUCGUUAAAGAGAAAAAAAUGAAGCCGUGAUACAUGGGGAUAUGAACCCGUAAUGUGGUUAAUGAGAAAAAGAAUGUUGUACAUAGACUUCAGAUUUUGCGUGACGUAAAUGUUUUUUAUUGGAGUCUGGGGACAGACUCUUGUGACAGAGAGGGUAAUGUUACAAUGAGAUACUUCAUCAGAAACUGUACAUAACGUGAGUUAAAGCUGUCAAAUAGCACAGUAAUAUAACAACAGGACGCUAAUCGCUUGAACGAACUCGUUAGCAUCAUUCGGUAUGUUGUAAAUAGUAUAUGAUAGAUGAGAUUUAGUUAGAUAUAGAACGAGCUAUACCGCGAACUGCUAGAUCGAGCCUUCCGGCUCGGCCGAUGUCAGCAGUGAGUGGUACGCUCUGGAGGCACUGCGUAGUUAUUUUGGAAAGAACAGGGAUUUGUCGCAAUAAAUAUGGUGUUUUUCCUGUAAAUAUAAUCAUAUGUAACAACAACAAAAAAGCACCUUUAACAUUGGAGUUCACUGCCCGGAUACGUUAACUGGUUUAGGUCUGUAUAGACUAAUGAUAACCAGCCGGAAUCUCCUGUUAUGAAUUGCUGAAGCUGAAAGACGAAAUUUUGAUGGUGGCAGCUAAUGCUAAAAAAAGAAAUAAUGAUGCGAUAAUAUAUGACUUUGUCGACCUUCACUGAUCGUUAAGAAACGUGUUUUGGGUAAUAUUGAAUAGUUAAUACUUUUCGCCGUUCCGAGGCAUAUAUCGGAGAAUUAGCCGUCCCGAGGCAGAUAUCGGAGAUUUAGCCGUCCCGAGGCAGAUAUCGGAGAAUUAGCCGUCCCGAGGCAGAUAUCGGAGAAUUAGCCGUCCCGAGGCAGAUAUCGGAGAACCAAUUAACUAUCCUAUAGUGCUCAGAAAUUAUUUACUUGAUGUUCAGUGAUAACAAUGACAAGAUACAAAUAUUAUUGAAACGUUUCUUUGAUAUGAGGCUGGACUUAAAAAUCGUGAUGACAGAAAAGCUGAUGAUAAACGACAUUGAAACAUUUUCGUUAAAGAGAAAAAAAUGAAGCCGUGAUACAUGGGGAUAUGAACCCGUAAUGUGGUUAAUGAGAAAAAGAAUGUUGUACAUAGACUUCAGAUUUUGCGUGACGUAAAUGUUUUUUAUUGGAGUCUGGGGACAGACUCUUGUGACAGAGAGGGUAAUGUUACAAUGAGAUACUUCAUCAGAAACUGUACAUAACGUGAGUUAAAGCUGUCAAAUAGCACAGUAAUAUAACAACAGGACGCUAAUCGCUUGAACGAACUCGUUAGCAUCAUUCGGUAUGUUGUAAAUAGUAUAUGAUAGAUGAGAUUUAGUUAGAUAUAGAACGAGCUAUACCGCGAACUGCUAGAUCGAGCCUUCCGGCUCGGCCGAUGUCAGCAGUGAGUGGUACGCUCUGGAGGCACUGCGUAGUUAUUUUGGAAAGAACAGGGAUUUGUCGCAAUAAA